AUGGAGACACAGUUGGGUCUGAACGUUGUCAGCGAACCGGCGAGUCGCCAGCAUCUUAUCCACGCCAGGGAAGUGCUCUGUCCUCCCGACCCGCCUCAGCCGGUGACCGGAGUGGCCUCGGUGUUGGAUCCUUGCAACUACCGGCCGGACCUGCCGCUGAUGGGGGUGAACUGCGAACCUCCCGGAGCCAACUACGCCCCCUUGACCCCCUCUCUUCAGCCCGCGGGCGGACACCGAGCCCAGAGUCUGCCCGCCAACAAUGUUUUCGGCAGCUUCGCCUUCAUGCGGGAGGAUAGGAGCUUCAAUAACUUUUUCGGCUCUUACCCCAAGGAUCUGGGUAUGGGGCAGUCCCUCUCCCCCAUGACCGGCCAGGGUCUUGGCGCCUACGGAUUCUGCGCCGGUCCCCUGGGCGUCGAGAAGAUCUCCCCUAUCACCUCCGGCGGGUUACCUUCAACCUUCCUGCGCGGAGAUCAGGAUGCGUUGCCCCAGCCGGUCACUUCUGGGGCGGUGCCGCUGAACCUCCAAGAAGGGGGAGCUCAUCUCCGACGACUCCCUCCCCGCCGCUCGCCCCAGGGGAGGUCCCAGCCCGAAGCCCCGGGACAUUCGGAAGAGAUCAACACCAAGGAAGUGGCCCACAGCGUCAUGGCGGAGCUAAAGAGAUACAGCAUCCCGCAGGCUGUUUUCGCCCAGCGAGUCCUCUGCCGCUCCCAGGGCACCCUGUCCGAUCUCCUGAGGAACCCCAAGCCCUGGGCGAAGCUCAAGUCGGGGCGGGAGACUUUCAGGAGGAUGUGGAAGUGGCUCCAGGAACCCGAGCACCAGAGGAUGUCUCUCCUGAGAUUGGAAGCCUGCAGGCGGAAAGGACAUGAACAGACCAAAGACGAUCACCAUCGCUUGCCCAAGAAGCACCGGCUGGUCUUCACCGAUGUCCAGCGGCGGACCCUGCUCGCUAUCUUCAGGGAGAAUCCUCGCCCCAACAGGGAGCUCCAGGCCAGCAUCGCCCGGCAGCUCGGACUGGAGCUCUCCACCGUCGCCAACUUCUUCAUGAACUCUCGACGCCGCAGCCUGGACAGGUGGCUGGAGGAGGAUGCCCAGGUUUCCUCUGGUACCCCUCACUCGUGA